CUUCAAGUCUAGCUGCGGCUAUGUCGUUUUGAUAACGUCUAGUGCUUAUUGGGAAUAAGUGGGUAUGGUGUGAACUUUCAUCCCUUACAGCUAAAAUUGUCAUUUUCCAUUUUUCAUGAUUUCAAUGUUAUGGGCUCUGGAGUCUGAAGUGGUACUCUUUGGAUUGUCGCAUAAUCCAGGAGCCAUGUUUCGGUAUCCAGAGCACUACAGAUAUUGAUCUUUUCAUUUUGGCUGUAUAAUAGUACUAGGCUUAAUGAUAAAUGAUUGAUAUUAGUCUUUUUCAGUUAAUUGUGUAGCAUUAAUCACAGUCUUUUGAUUGUUACCGGCUCACAGAUUUUCAUCUUUGUUCAACCGAAGCCACAAUUUGAAAUCAUCAUUAGUCCAAGAUCACAAUAAAAAAACCAGUACUUCUCCAUGAAAAUGCUUCCAAUAUUAAUGUUCUUCAUCAAAUAUAUCUUGCAAUGACAGUCCCACAACUUAUAGAAAAUGGGGUUAAAGUCCCUAGAAAAGUUAAAUCAGUGGCAGUAAUUGGUGCUGGUCCAGCUGGUGCAAUUUCAUUGGAUGCCCUGCUGAAGGAAAAUUCAUUUGAUAAAGUUAAAGUAUUUGAAAGAAAUUCAAAAAUUGGUGGUGUUUGGUCAAUUGAAAAAGAUCCUGUAAAGAUAGAUAUAGCACCAGGUACUACAAUUCAUGAUUUAGAUCCUGUAUUGGGAGAUAUUCCAAACUUUGACGAUGAUAUUGGAAAAAUCGUGAAAACACCAAGAUCAAAUCAAUAUAGAUUUGUGGAAAGUGCUGGAUAUGCUGGACUUCGAACAAAUGUGCCUGAACAAUUAAUGUGCUUUUCAGAUGAAAAAGAUUGGGGUGUUGAUAUUAAGCAACGUAUUGAUCAACAUUAUGUGAAAGUUGACGCUGUUAGAGAUUAUGUUGAACGUUAUUUCAAUCGUCAUCCAAGAGAUCAUAUUGUUUUUAAAACUAGUCUUGAAAAUGUUUCCAAAGAUUAUUCUAAACCUGAUUCAAAAUUUGUCCUAACUUUAAGAAGGGAAACUGAUGAAAAAGAUUCUGAUGGUAACCUAAUUGAUGAAUGGUUUCAAGAAGAAUUUGAUGCUUUAGUUAUAGCAACUGGUCAUUACCAUGUACCUGUCAUUCCAAAAGUGAAAGGGUUGGAUUUAAUUCAUGGAAAAUACCCUGAAAAGAUUGUCCACUCAAAGUAUUUCAAACCGAAUGUUGAUACAUAUGACGACGAAGUUGUUAUUGUUGUUGGUGGUAGAAUAUCAGGAAUGGAUAUAGUUACAGCUCUAUCGAAAACGAGUAAAACUGUCUACCAUUCAAAGAAAACAAUUCCUGAAGUGAAGCAGAAAAAUCAAGGUUUUGAAAACAUUAUUGAAAAACCAAUAAUUAAAGAGAUAAAACUUGAUGAUGAAGGGAAAAUUUUGGUUUACUUUGGUGAUGGUUCCAUUGUGGAAAACCCAGAUAGGUUUAUAUAUGCUACUGGUUAUCAUUUAUCUUUCCCAUUUAUGAAUAAUUCUUAUCCAAAUUUUACAAAUGGUACCAUCUUACCUGAUUUCUUUGAACAUACAAUCUAUAGUAAAGAUCCAUUAAUAUCAAUUGUGGGUAUUCCAAUUCAAGCCAUCACUUUUAGAGUAUUUGAAUUCCAAGCUAUAUGGGUUGCAAGAUUUUUGGCUGGUAAAAUUCAAUUACCAUCACUUGAAGAACAAAAUAGAUGGAUAUUAGUAAGGUAUCAAAUUUUCAAAAACACACCAGCUUAUCAUUCAUUUCAAGAUGAAAAAUUUGAAUGGCCAAAUUAUAUAACUAAAAUAGCUGGUGGUGUGGAACCUUUAAAUGGGGCUGGUAAGAAAUUCCCCAUAUAUACUCAAAAUGAUAAAGAUAACAUCAUUUUUUCCUAG